CAGAGGGGGAGGAGAACCUCCCCGGGCAGCCCGUUCCCAGGCUUCCCCGCUCUCGCCCCGAGGACGCGUCCCCUCCUCUCCCCUCGGCACCUCCCCGGGCGCCAUGGAGCCCGAGGCGCUGCUGGCGGCGGCGGGGCGGCUGCUGGCGGCGGGGCGGCUGCCGGCGGCCGAGCAGCUCUACAGCCGCUUCAUCGCCCGCUGCCCCGCAGGCGCCGGGCUGCCGCUCGCCACCGCGCUCAACAACCGCGGGCACAGCCGGUACCUGCGCGUGGAGUUCGCCGCCGCCAUGGAGGAUUACGCGGCCGCCAUCCGCUGCCAGCCCGCCUUCGCCGUGCCCUACUACAACCGCGGCCUGGUGCUCUACCGGCUGGGAUGCUUCGAUGAGGCCAUGAAAGAUUUCAGGAAAGCAUUAGAGUUAAACCCCCAGUUCGAAGAUGCUGCACUGAGUCUGAAGCAGGCUAUUCUUGACAAAGAAGAAAAACAAAAGCGAGGUUACUGAAAAUGCAGCUAAAGGGAUGAAAAUGUUGUGCUAAACACGUGAUUUUCCGAAUGGAUGGGUAAAACAGGAUCAUUUACAUCUGCUAUCUUACUGAAGAAACCUCAUUCCUGGGCAAAUGAGCUAACAAUGGAAGAAUGAACUAUUUUUAGUUUUCAUUAGUGUUGAGGAAAACUAUCAUGUUAGAUGUCUGUGAGAUACUUGUACAGAUUUUGUGCAGAAGCACUUGGUGUGGGAAGUUCAGUUAGCAGCAAGUGAAGUCUCUAGUUCUGUUGAAACUGUUGCUGUGCUCUUACAGAUUGUUGUAAACAGGUUUUCAUGGGGAAGAAAAACUUAAGUAAAACAUUUAAAUACUUUA